AUGCACGAGUCGCUCGUGGCCGACGCUCGACGAUCUCGGAGAGCAAGACCGUCUCGGCCGGAGCCAGACCUGAGGCGCCUGCACUCUCUCGUGAAGACGCUGGGAGAAUGGCUGAGUCCGCUGCGCGAGCUAGGAGAACCUCUUCUGGAUCUCUCGUCCGCCACUCCAGAUGAUCAGCUGGCUGUCGCCAGGUCGACACGCGCGCUUGCAAGAGCCUGGCGCCUCUUGGUCCGCAUCCACCUGAGCCGACAUCGGGCUAGGCAAGCUAUUGUCACCUCCCGCAAGCUUAUCGGGCUGAAUGUCUCUGCGAUUUCCGACUUCACGCAUGGCAGUGACCUCGUAGAGAUUCGAAAAGCCCAGAGAAGUGCCGUCAUCGCUAUGCUCAGUCAAGUCUUGCGAUUUGAGUCUCGUGCUCAACGCCUCUCCUACGGUGUCAAAGUGCUUCGCGUCGCGCAGGAAGGCAUCACAAACGGGGUCUGGGAUGUGACGUCUUUCGAGGCGUCCUCAGCUGUCAAACGGGGGGUGUCUGGGCUAGGCGACGCAAGGGAAAACGAUCCUCGCAGCGAUCUUCUCAGAAUAUGGGCCCGUGUCCUAGGUGCUCUGGCUGUCGACGAGGAGAGCGCCGUGCCUCGUGGCCUCGAAGACGUUCUUCUCCAAUCGAUCAGGUCUCUGGAAGCGCGAGUAAUCACCCUGCUUCUGUCCAACGGAAGUGACCUGAAGCAGGGGCACGCAGUGGAUGGUCCUUGGGCUCGUCGCAUGCGCGCAUGGCGCACGAAAAUGCGUCAAAUCGUCUUUCGAGACGUGGGACGUUUGCAGCGCUUGCUCGCUUCCUCUCUGCAGUCUAGCAAUGUCAGCUCAACGCCAGGACUUGUGAACGUGCGCAUCGAGGCCGGCACCGUGCCCAUGCCGACAAACGACAGCAGCGCUGUCAACGAUCGUCUCCGGCGAGUCAUGCAGACACUUCGCCUCUUGCAUCCCCGUGCAAAAGACAUUGCUCUACUCGAAUUAGCAUUGCAAGGUCUCCUGCUACGCUCUUGCAAGAAUGCAGACUCACUCCAGCGUGCCUUCAAGGAUGAGCUACAGCGCUGGCACUCCACAUCUGGAUCACUUGAGGCAUCAUCCGGUCACGUUACACCCACAGAGCUCGCGGUUGAGGGCCAUCGUGCCUCUGUGAGCACACAAAUCCGUAAGAUUUCAGAUGGCAUCGAGCAACAGCCCAUUGCAAACGCAUUGGCGUCAGACGCAGUCGCGGUCAGACAAGAAGAGUCUUCGUGGGCAACAGACAUGACUGGCUGGCCGAGCGAAGACGGCUGUGGCCAGCGUCACAGUGCCUUGAAAAAUCUGGAGCCAAAGUUGGACGAAGAUGUUCACAAGGCUGAUCAAUCUGGUCGUCAUCGAACGCUAUCGCAUCGCAGAUCGCCUGUUUCGGUCCCUCACUCUGCUUUGUCGCCGUGGAAAAGGUCCUUGCUGGACGGUGGUGGCUCUGCAGUCGCAUCCCCUCGGCUACACAGCUUGAACACUGUGUCCAAUCUUGUCGACGCAUCCUGGAAAGAUCACGGUGGCAAAGGAGGGAGAGGGCAGUGA